GCAAGACUACAAAUCCCUGCAAGCUCCUGCACAUAAUUUCAAGCCUACACCUUUGCUAACAAGUAUUGUGUAAAAUAAAAAAAUUGCACAAGACAGUUGACAGAAUUGAAAGAAAUUUAGGCAAUUUACUAAUGACUAAAUUUAGCUAACAUUAGACAGUUAAUCCAGAGAUUCUUACCUUUGCCUGAAUUCGGCAGUCUCGUCCAGAUCAUCAUGGCAUUUGUAGUUCUUUAUGAUAGCCACAUUAGCAGCUAAUUAGCAUUUCAUUUUUGUAGGGUAAAUACAGGUGAAAAUAUUGACAAGUCACCCUGUCUUAGAGAUUUAAAUGGUUACCAAAGAUUCAUGCCAUGUCCUUGAUUGGCUCCGGUUGCUGCCUCUCCUGGGAAUCUUGGCCCUGCUGGGCUACCUCACCAUCCGGCCCUUCCUGCCCAAGAAGAAGAAGCAGAAGGACAGCCUGAUCAACCUGAAGAUCCAGAAGGAGAACCCCAAAGUGGUCAACGAGAUAGAUAUUGAGGACUUGAAGAGCACAAAUGUCUGUUACUGCCGCUGCUGGCGCUCCAAAACGUUUCCCGUUUGUGACAAAUCACACAUAAAGCACAAUGAGUUGACUGGAGACAACGUGGGGCCUCUCAUACUCAAGAAGAAGAUAAUAUAAUCCAUCUUUAACACUGAGGGAGCCGCCAUCUUCACUCCCUACUUCUGUCUUUGGUUCUUUAAAAAAAAGUCUGUAUUUUAGGGCAUGACCUUUUGCACUCUUCCAAUUUGUCUUUUGUUUUGGUAAAAAAAAAAAAGGCACAUACUUUCCUUUUGGUCGUGAUAUGCUGUAGAAAUGUUGGUGGCACGUUAACUCAAAGAUUUUACCAUCAACACUUUUGUAAAUCUUAUUUAUUUCAACUUGACAAUAACGGACAUUAACAGAGGUUAUACCAGAGUAGCAUUAAACCUUUCAAACUAUCACCACUCCCUCUUGUCUCCUUCUGAGAACUUUUUGUACAGUGGCCAUUUUCCAGUCUGGCUAGCAGCUCUCGUUAGAAACAGUUAACUUUGGUCUCCUUGGUAGCAACGCUCGGUUCCAAACUAUUGGGAUCACAUUGAGGGGAAUUUGAACUUGAGUCAUGAUUGCAAUUAGGGUAGCAGUACAUUUUGUUAAGUUGAAAAAAAUAUGUAUACUUAGCCUUUUCAAUCUCUGAACUACUGCAAGCUUGAAGUCUUUCACUUGCAUACAAACACACUUCCAGGAUUUAUUUUCUCUGCCAUGUCUUUGUUCCUAACCUUAUAAAACAUGCCUUAAUUCUGUGUUCAUACUGUUGUGUAUUCAACCGGAGACAUCUCAAUUUCACAAAACUCCUCCACUCAACAACGAACCUUUGUUUUUCUACAAAUAUUUAAGCAAUUCAAUGUUUGCCUUUACAGUAUCAAACAUGUCAGUUGUCUUGAUUGACUUUGCAUUAAAACUGAAUGUAUAGAAAAUAUUUCUUAAUACAUUCAUCAUGAGAUUUAAAGAAGGUAGCUGAUACUUAUGUUAAAUACCAGUUUUACUGGGAUUUAGGCAAACUGUGCCCGCCUGU